UAUUAAUGAUGUCACAACCCAUAAAUUACGGUUAAUGUGUGAAAAUAAUUACACUUUCUGUCCUUCAUUUUAGAUCAAUGAAUCUUUUUGCACCAUUAAUUUAUGGGAAGAGAAUUAUUUAAUCCCUUUUGCUUUCUUUUUCCCCCUCGAUUCGUCAUUUGCCAAAACAAAAUAAAUCUACCCCCACCAAAAACACAAUGGAGUAGCAGGUUCAUUGGAUUUCCCUUCUAAUGAUGAUGCUGCUUUGGAAGCCAUGGAUUGGAGGGUUUUAUUGACGAACUGGCAAUUGGCAAAUUCCAACUACUCAUCAUUCCGUUCUUUCCUACGUGACCAAAAAAAAAAAAAAAACACAGAAAACGACCAUAGCAGAAGAAAGGAUAUGGCUUUUCCCUAAAUGGCAGCUUCUUCCGCCCUUUCUCCUCCCCUCAAGAAUUAUUAUUCACUCCGGAAUUUCGCGUGCUUGCUAUUUUCUCUUGUAACUUUACUCCUCAUCAGCUGGGAAAAUCUUCAACCCCAACUCUCACUUUAUUCUUAUCUCACUUCAUCUUCAAGAUCUAUUGAGAUUCCCAUUGCAUCAACAAGUCCUCACCCUGAUGAUGAUAAUGCCACAGCUUUGCUUAACAAAGAUGGGGAUAAGGUGCCCAUUUCAUCAGAAUCAAAUCUCGAGGAAAAACCCAGCUCAGAUGACGCAUCAAGAUCGAAUCUUGGUGGGAAUACCUUUGAGAAAUCUGCAAAUGCCAGUAUAAAUGAGACUUCGGAUUUUGAGGCUCCGGGUUUCUCAAAGUCAGACUCUCCGGAUGAGAAUAAUGAAGAACAAGCCUCAGUUGAUAGUAAAGAUUCCACUUUGACACAGAAAUUUUCAUCGGAAUCUGGAAAUGAGGACAGAAGCGAAAAGGACCCCUCUCAUUCUCCAAGCAAUGAAAAUGUUCAAGAAGUUGGCUCUGUUUCUUGGAGGGAUGUAAGUGACUCCAUAUCGUGGAAAACUUGUGAUGUUUACAAGGGAAAUUGGGUGAAAGAUGAGGAAUACCCGCUUUAUAAACCGGGUUCUUGUCCUUAUGUUGAUGAGGCUUUUGAUUGUCAAAACAACGGAAGGCCUGAUUCAGAGUAUUUAAAGUGGCGUUGGAAGCCAGAUGGAUGUGAUCUGCCCAGAUUUAAUGCAACAGAUUUUCUGGUAAGGUUAAGAGGAAAGAGGCUGAUGCUGGUUGGAGACUCCAUGAAUAGAAACCAGUUUGAAUCACUUCUUUGUCUUUUACACGAAGGCUUACAAAAUAAAAGCAAAAUGUAUGAAGUCCACGGGUACAAAAUAACAAAGGGAAGAGGCUAUUAUAUAUUCAAAUUUGAGGAUUACAACUGCUCUGUGGAGUUUGUGCGAUCACAUUUCCUUGUCAAGGAAGGCAUUCGUAUCAACAGGCAAGGGAAUUCCAACCCAACUCUGUCAAUAGACCGCAUAGACAAGUCAGCUGGCCGGUGGCAGCGAGCUGACAUUCUUGUCUUCAACACAGGACACUGGUGGACUCACGGAAAAACUGCUAGAGGGUGGGUUUACAUGAAAUUUCGAUAUCAUAGGUUUUUAAUUUUGAUGCAAUUAAAUUGAAAUAUUGACUGAAUGAGAAGCGAUAUGGCCUCCUAAAGUUUUACCUGAAGCCUUGGUAACCAUCAUGGCACAAAGAUGCGAUGGAGUUGAUGAAUAAUUUUUCAGUGAAAAAUGGACCUUUAUCUUGGAGUAAUUUACCAAAAUAAUUGUGUGUCUGUAACAAGCAGAUAAUAUGCUCACUUCUCUUGCACGACGAGUCUCGUGAUCUGGAGAUUUAAUCAAUGAGCUUAAAAGUGUGUUUAAUUAUGCAGAAAAAAUUACUAUAAAGAAGGCGACUUCAUCUAUCCUAAAUAUGAUGCUGUGGAAGCUUAUAGAAAAGCUUUAAAGACAUGGUCAAAGUGGGUUGAUGAUAACACAAACAGAGGAAAGCUGAUUUUUUAUCGUGGCUAUUCAUCUGCUCAUUUCAGGUGUUCAUAACAUGUUCAGUGCAUUGCUUUUCUGUGCCUUUUAAAUUUGCUGUGGCUUUUCAUUUAUGUAGGAAUGAACGUUGUCAUUCUUAUUUUGCUCUUGCUUGGGUGCUCUUUUUCUUAAUAGUUUUAGCUUUAUGUGGAAGGGAAAAAAAACAAAAGGAAAAAGAGUAGCAAUUCAGGAAUUAUUUAUUCUGUUCUUCAUUUAUGAGAGCCAUCUGCAACAGUUGAUCAUUUUAGUGCAAUUUUCAGUUUGGCAUUGGUUGUUUAUCUUUGUUCAUUGAAACAGGGGCGGGGAUUGGGAUUCUGGUGGAAGUUGUACGAAGGAGACUGAACCUGUUCUAAGUGGUAGCAUCUUGGAUAGCUAUCCAUUGAAAAUGAAGAUAGCGGAGGAUAUCAUUAAGGAUAUGCAGGUGUCAGUAGUACUAUUGAAUGUGACAAAAUUAACAAAUUUCCGGAAAGAUGGCCACCCAUCUGUAUAUGGCAAGAAAAUAGCCGACGGGCAAAAAGUCUCUGGCAAAAGGCAAGAUUGCAGCCAUUGGUGCCUUCCCGGGGUCCCUGAUGCAUGGAAUGAACUAAUCUAUGCCACUUUGGUUGCAAAACAAACUUCUUCCUCAACUGAUUGACCUGAUAUCUGUUUUAUACAUCAUUGUCCUCAUUUAUACGAAGAAAUUAAGCUGCAAACCAGACCUUGAGGUGAAAUGAAGGAUUACAUUACCUGUCGAACAAAGCAGCUGCUGCUUAGCGUGACAAUGACAUUGCUACAUUACCUGCAUGUAAAACAGACAGGAAAGCGUAUAGAGAAACACAUUUGAUCUGCAUUUGUACAGUAUAGUAUAAUGUGAAUGCCAAGAUUCAGUUUGUUCUUUUGUCUAGCUAUUUCUUGAAAGAAAGAAUAUCACAAUUUGUGGUUAUUAAGGAUGCUUUGGCAGUAAGCCAGCUAAAACCCUUGUCAAAAUGCUAGAUAUCAUUCUUGAUGCAUCCCACUGGAAUGAAUGAAAUGGCUGAACAAUGAAGAGUAACAUGGCCUGUUUGAGCCAUGUCAGUAUCAACCUAUCUCAAUUUGGUUCCAGGGCAAAGCUUUCUUUUGAUUAAUGGGGCUUUUGAUUUGCCCUUCAAAAUGAGAAAUUUGUGUGGAUUGAUAGGGAUUUGGAAUUUGAAUGAGAUUGUGAUUCCAAUUGCAACAUUAGAGAGGCAUCAAUCACAUUCACAGCAUUCACUAUUUUGUCACUUCUCUCUAGAUCAAUGACAAAGAGUGCGUGUGGUCGGUCACUCGAGUUAACAAAAAAGACAAUGGAGUGAAGCGUAAGAAGGAUUGAUGUUAAAGCCUCUCUCUACUUUUUUCCCCCGUUUCUUUACCAAAAAAGCUCUCAAAUUUUCAUGCUCUUCUCUUGGAAGAUGGGGGAGCUCACAUAUUUUGCUCUUGUUUUCAAUCUUUUGGUUAGCUCUUCUUUUAUGGAAGUUUCGCUCCCCUAUUAUUGGUGGGUUUAGCUCUUCCUUUCUGGAAAUCCGGAUCUCUCAUUUUGAGAUUUUUGGUUCCCUUUUGAGUUUUUUUUCUUUGUUUUGUGUGUUUUUUCUGUGUUCUUCAAUAGAUCUGAUGAAGGUGAAGAAGAUUCAUGGCUCAGUGAGGAAGACCAGACUGAACAUGUAGUUGAAAGAAAAACAAGUGAAGGGAUGCUUUAGAUAUGAGACUAUUAGGCAUUAUGGAUCUGUGACUCGGAGUCAAAUUUGCACUUUUAGUCUAGAUCAUAAUUGACCUUCAUCUGUUAGUGUUUUAGUUUACUUUAAUACUUUCUUCAGGUGCUAUAUCUCUAAAUUGUAAUCAGUGAUGUUGUUUCGGUCUAAGCCAAAUUAAUUUAGCCUUACUCUGUUCACAUUAUUGAGUUUAUCUCUGUUUCUGUGGUAGAUAUAAUGAGUACGACGGAC